GCGCCCGGAUGACGUCAAGAGAGUCAGCCGUCAGAGGUGCAGACAUCAUGGAGUGGACUCAGCAGGGAAGGAGGCUGAUCUCGGGCUCUGUCUCUGGUUGGUCUGAAUUUCUUAUGGGGUGUGGUCUCAAGACCUGAAUGAAGAUGAAGCCUUUCGUGUCAAUGCUGCUCCUGGUUCUGUUAGCUGUUGCAGGGCCGAGCCGAGCCCAGGUCAUGAACUCUCUCCUGGACUGGACCCACAGCAUCAGGAGCAUUCUUCCCGGUCUGAGCCGCCCAGCAAACCACAGUCGAAUUUUCUAUGCAGUGAUGUUUGAUGCUGGGAGUACGGGGACACGCAUCCACGUCUACACCUUUAUCCAGAGUGACUCAGAGAAGCUGCCUGUUUUGGACAAUGAGAUGUUCCAUUCCAUAAAGCCUGGUUUGUCAGCAUAUGCUGACUCCCCUGAAAUGGCUGGACACACAGUGAGGAUGUUGCUGAAGGUGGCCAAGAAGACAGUGCCUCGUCUGGAGUGGAAAAGGACCCCGGUGGUUCUCAGAGCCACAGCUGGACUCCGGCUGCUGUCUGUGGAGAAAGCCCAGGGUCUUUUGGACCAGGUGCAACAUGUGUUUGAUGAAUCUCCGUUUUUAGUCCCAGACAACAGCGUCAGCAUAAUGAACGGUACAAAUGAAGGAAUCCUAGCUUGGAUAUCUCUGAAUUUUCUGACGGGUCAUCUGCAGGCACAAAGCAAAAACACAGUGGGGAUAUUGGAUCUGGGAGGAGGAUCUACACAAAUUACUUUCCUGCCAAAACUGAGGAAAACCAUUGAAAGUGUCCCUGUUGCUGAUUACAUCGCCAGAUUUGACAUCUUUAAUUCAUCAUUUGAACUUUACACACACAGUUACCUGGGAAACGGACUGAUGGCAGCAAGACUGGUCACACUGGGAGCUUUGGGUGCUGAAGGGUUGGAGUGGCAGGUUUUCAAAAGUUCCUGUCUGCCAAAGAAAUUUAGGGAUGAGUGGAGCUUUGGAGGACUAACCUAUCAAGUGAGCGGGGACACAGAUGGUUACACAGGAUACAAGCCCUGUUAUCAGGAAGUGCUUAAGGUGGUGAAGGGGAUUAUUCAUCAGCCAUAUGAACUGCAAGACAACCAUGUAUUCUAUGCAUUCUCCUAUUACUUUGACAGAGCUGUGGACGCAGGCCUUAUCGAUGGGGUCCAAGGAGGAGUGCUGGAGGUCAGAGACUUCAAGAAGAGAGCUAAAGAGGUUUGCAAUAAGAUGACCAAGUAUCCAGCCACCAGUCCUUUCCUGUGUAUGGACCUGACCUACAUCACUUGUCUGCUCAAGGAUGGGUUCGGCUUCAAGGAGAACACCAUGCUGCAGCUGACCAAGAAAGUGAACAACGUGGAGGCAAGCUGGGCUUUGGGAGCCACAUUGGACCACUUCCACAACCUGAAGAUCCACUGAGGAGAAGGACGGAGCAAACACUGCUGCUUUAGGUGGUGCUCAAUAACAAACAAAACACGUAAUGUGCACUACCUUAUCGAACGGCUGCAGACAUCUGCAGUUUCAGAUGUUUUUGUGUUUUAUUCAGGCUGAUGAACAAGGAGGCUGUUUUUCAGGCUGGUUAUGCUGUGCAAGACCAGUGUUUUUGUGCAGCAAAGUAAUGUUUUUAACAUUGAGUUGUUUUGUUGUUAGUAAUGGGUUUUAAGUGCCAUAUAUGUGUCUGGAACAUUUAAAUUCGACUGUCAAUUGUAUCAGCCAUUGAAGAUUUUGGUAGAAGUAAGUGGCACAUACUUACUAUAGAGGAAUAACACUGCAUUUCAACCUCAACUGUUUACAAUGAUAAUGCACAAAACAAUGCAUGGUAAUAUUUUCAUAAACUUUUCAACCCGU